AUGGGUAAUGUCAUUCCUGUUAACACUCUCUUCUUGGGUAUCGAUGGAGCUGGUAAAACCACCAUCAUCAACACUGGUAUGAACAAAUUCAAACAAUUAAAACAAGAGCAAAUUGAUGCUAUACAACCAACUUUGGGACAUGAUUCAAAGAGAUUUACAGUGGAAGGAGUUGAAUUUAUUUCAUGGGAUUUCCCUGGCAAGGAACAACUUCGUUCCACAUGGACUUCCUACUAUAAACAUGCUCAAGUCAUUGUCUUUGUUGUUGACAGCUCUGAUAGUGAUGAACGUUUAGAAGAAGUUAAGGAAAUUCUCCACUCCAUCAUUCAAAAUGUCCAAUUACGUGAAUGUUUGUUGUUGAUUUUGGGUAACAAACAAGAUUUGAAUUCCACUAGAAAUUUGGAUAAAUUGAAGGAUACUCUCGGAUUAGGAGGUAAUUUAAGUGGAUUACGUGAUCGUACUUGGAAGAUACUUACUUGUACUGCCAAAACUGGAGAUGGUUUGGAAGAUGCUUUCAAAUGGUUGUCAACUGAAACAAUGAAGGCCUAUAAAAAGAGAGAAAGCAAGAAGAAGGAAGAAAAGAAGGAAGAAACUAAAAAAUAA